AGAGGCUCGGCUACAGAAAAAGGUCACAGGCGUGAUAGCGAAGAUGGCGGCCUCCUUGUGUCAGUGUUACCAGCGUGGCAUCCGGAGGAGCUGCCUGUUCCUGACCACACGCCUGUAUCUCUCCACAUUGGGCAGCGCUCACACAUACAGGAUAUGUGGAUCCCACAAAGCCCUUCCUCAGAUGCGAUAUGCGUCCAGUGGGGGCGGCGGCCGCAAAGGCUUCCUGGGGGAAUUCCUGGACAACAUAAAGCAGGAGCUCGGCAAGAACAAGGAAAUGAAGGAAAACAUUCGGAAGUUUCGGGAAGAAGCCAAGAGGUUGGAGGAGUCGGACGCACUCAAGCAGGCCAGGAGGAAAUAUAAAACGAUCGAAUCUGAAACUGUGAAGACAUCUGAGGUACUGAAGCAGAAACUGGGAUCCUUGUCAGAGACCGUGAAAGAGGGCCUGGAGGAGGUGAGCCGUACAGAUCUGGGAAAGAAGGUCAUGGAAGGUAUGGAGGAGGCCGCCAAGACGGCCAAGCGCUCGGCAGAGACCGUGUCCAAGAGCGGGGAGAAGCUGGGCAAGACCGGGGCCUUCAAGGCUAUUUCUCAGGGCAUGGAGACGGUCAAGAAGGAGAUCGACAUGGGACAGAGCGGCCCCUACCGGCCCCCCACCCAGUUAAGGAAGAGGACGGACUUCUCCUCCAAAGCGGGGGGGGCGGCGUCCAAGGUCUUUGAAGCUAAUGAGGAGGCCAUGGGUGUGGUGCUACACAAAGACUCAAAGUGGUAUCAGCAGUGGAAGGACUUCAAAGACAACAAUGUCGUUUUCAACAGGUUCUUUGAAAUGAAGAUGAAAUAUGACGAGAGUGACAACGCCUUCAUCCGUGCCUCGCGUGUCGUCACAGAUAAAGUCACCGAUCUCAUUGGUGGGCUGUUCUCCAAGACAGAGAUGUCUGAAGUGUUGACUGAGAUCCUGAAGGUAGACCCCAACUUUGACAAAGACUCUUUCCUGAAGCAGUGUGAACAGGACAUCAUUCCCAACAUCCUGGAGGCCAUGAUUCGUGGCGAUCUGGACGUCCUGAAGGACUGGUGCUAUGAAGCUACGUACAGCCAACUGGCGCAUCCCAUCCAGCAGGCCAGGACGAUGGGUCUGCAGUUCCACUCUAAGAUCCUGGACAUUGACAACAUUGAUCUUGCCCUGGGGAAGAUGAUGGAACAGGGUCCCGUGCUGAUCAUCACCUUCCAGGCCCAGCUGGUCAUGGUGAUCCGCAACCCCAAGGGAGACGUGGUGGAGGGAGACCCGGAGAAGGUCCUGCGUAUGAUGUAUGUGUGGGCACUGUGUCGCGAUCAGGACGAGCUGAACCCGUACGCAGCCUGGAGGCUGCUGGAUAUCUCCGCGUCCAGUUCAGAGCAGAUCCUCUGAGGGCCGGCUGGUGCAGGGAUGGAGGACGCGGGCAUGCUGGUUUGCCCCAUCACCCACCAGCAGUCACCUGGAACGACAGGCUGCUCCAUCGCCCUCCACCCCUCCCCCCGGACUUCCUGCUCUGUUACUUGAGGAGCAGUUCUGGAAUGGGCAGGUCUUUCUCCACAGACUGAGCGGGACUGAGCUGACCAGCAUGCCCGGGUCACAGACUGAGCUGUCACUGCGGCGUGACGUCCAGCAGUUCAACUGGAAAUAAGGCCUCCUCCCUCCUCCACCCGGACUGCGCUCCAUCCUGCUAGCCGUCACAGCACACGUUUAAGAUGCUAUUUUUAAACUUUAUGUUAGGCUUUUUGGUUUGCCUGUGCCAUAAAUGCCUACGGUUUUGUAAAAAAAAAUUAAUAAUAAUAUAGGAAAGAAACCCAUCUUAUUUUUGCAAUUUAUCAAACCUAAGAAAUAUUUAUUCAACAGUUAUGUUCCCUGGUCAACAACAGAGAUUCCGUUUUAAGAGCGCGGUGUCUGUACUGAUAUCCAUGCUCUGGGAGGUCAGGGUGUCGACUGUGUCCUGGUUAUAAAAGCUGCCCUUACUUGAACGUCCAAUACAAAUUGGGAUUGGCAUUUAUUUGUACUUGUAGCUAACUGGUUCAAGCACAUGGCUGUAAUGCAGUGUUUGCAGUGAGUUGCUGCUGCUUGCCCCUCUUAACAGCCCCAGUUUGGUCCGGUUCGGUCCUGCACUGUCUCAGACCCCUGCUGCUCUUUUGGGGUGUGAGAUUGACAGCUGAUGUCUGCAGGCAUGACCCCGACCCCAUCACACCCCCCCCCCCCCCCCCCCCCCCAGGUUAAAGAUGCCACAGGUUUUUGAUGGGAGUGCGCGCACAUCGAACAGAGUUCAUUCUGCCGUUAUGGGUUUCGUUCGUGUUGAGAAACAUUUCGUUUUACUUUGACUCGACUGCGUGUCAGCUGUCAGGGUACAGCGCCGGUCCCUCCUUCCCUACUGUCAACUGCUGAGAGGGGCUGCUUUUCUGCUCGUGCGAUCAGAAAAUGCUCUUCUGCCCUAAGUGGAGUAUUUUGCUAAGUGAGAAGUCCUCAUUAAGAGAGGUGGGAAGUGUUCCAAAAGCUUUUAUAUGGUGGGGCGGUUGUUUCCUAUGUCAGUGCACUACCGUCUGAGUUCAGCCACGUUCACAGAAAGGGAACCGUCUCCACAUGGAUAUUAAGUAUUAAGUCGUUGCGUUUCUGCUGUGUGUCUGCCUGCUGGGGGGCCCAGGUAUCGGUCUGCCUGCUGGGGGGCCCAGGUGUCGCAGUUGGGACAGUCUCCUGAUCUAAGAAAUGUUACCUGUGUGUUCAACAGUAUCAAUAAAAAGUCAGAGCUGUGGUCCGCUCCCCCGCCAUCAAA